AUGAAAGCUAAAGGAGAAUUGGUAGAGUAUGAAGUCAUUGGAAGGAAACUUCCAACAGAGAAGGAGAAGACUACUCCUCUGUAUAAAAUGCGCAUCUUCGCCCCCGAUGCCAUCGUCGCUAAGUCCAGAUUUUGGUACUUUUUACGUCAAUUGAAAAAAUUCAAAAAAUCUACUGGCGAAAUUGUUUCUUUGAAACAGAUCCCCGAAUCUACUCCAACCAAGAUUAAAAACUUUGGAAUCUGGCUCCGUUAUGACUCUCGUUCCGGUACCCACAACAUGUACCGUGAAUACCGUGACAUGUCAGUAAGCGGUGCUGUUACUCAGUGCUACAGAGACAUGGGCGCUCGUCAUCGUGCACGUGCUCACUCAAUCCAAAUUAUUAAAGUGGAAAUCGUGAAAGCUGCAAACUGCCGUCGUCCGCAAGUCAAGCAAUUCCAUGAUUCCAAAAUCAGAUUCCCUCUUCCCAAGAGGAUUCAUCACAAAAAUCGAAUGCCGCUUUUCAGUGUACGCAAACCACGUACAUUCUUCCUUUAA